AAUCCGUCCAGGGCUAUUUAAAUCUGAGCCUGACUGGCUACGGGACAGAGUGUUAGAGAAGUGGUUUCUGCAGUAGCACUGGAAGAGACAAUGUUGCUGUUGCUGUUGCUGUGCCUCUGCCUGAGCGCCGGGCUGGUGCACGGAGUGCAGAGCCCCGGGCCCGCGGUGCAGGAGCCCACCGCCAGCGUCUGCGUCGCCACCGUCUGCUACAGCCUGCAGCGGGAGCGCAGGAAGUUCAACAUGGCCCGCAACAUCUGCAAGAGCGGCGGGGGAGACGCUAUGACCGUCGGCUCCACCGUGGCCGCCGAAGCCAUCGCGGUGCUGCUGGGGGGCGGCGGCGGCGGCGACGAAGUGAGGGGCGUGCGCCCCCACUGGGCGGGAGGAGAAACCGAGAGACCCGCCGUAGGAGGGAGAGUUGAGCGCCCCCCCUGGGCUGGAGGAGGAGUUGCCGUGACCCCCCCGGUGCAGGGGAACUUCUGGAUCGGCCUCCAGCUGCACCACAAGGCCUGCCCGGGUAACGACAGCCUGCUGCGGGGUUACCGCUGGGUAAACGGCGAGGCCGCCGCCAACUACAGCCAGUGGGGCGCGACGACCGGGGAGUGCGGCCCCCGCUGCGUCACGGUGUCCGCCAGCGGGAUGUGGGAGGAGCGGGCGUGCAACCAGAAAGCGGACGGGGUCCUGUGCGAAUACCGGUACCGCGGCAGCUGCGGGCACCUGAGGGCCGACAAUGCCACCGUCACCUACCGCACCCCGUUCGCCGCCGACGGCCGCCACCUGUCCGAGCUGCCCGUCGGCACCCAAGCGCGGGUGGCCCCCUCGGGCCUCGAGUUCAUCUGCAGCCUGGGACAGGCGGGCGAUGCCCGCGGGUCUUGGCAGGAGAAGGCUUCGCCCCCCUGGUCCUGCCGGGUGGAGAACGGCGGCUGCCAGUACUCGUGCCACGAUUCCACGCCCGCUGGCCCAGUGUGCGGCUGCCCGGCCGGCUACACCCUGGGGGAGGACAAGAGCAGCUGCCGGCUUCUUGACCCGUGCGAGGAGGCGGGGUGCCAACACCGCUGCAUCGUGCAGAAUGGCACCCCGUUCUGCCUGUGCUGGGACGGCUACACCCUGGACGACGACGGAAAGAGCUGCACCGACGUGGAUGAGUGCCAGCAGAGACCGUGCGAGCAGAGAUGCGUGAACACCCCGGGCAACUUCAGCUGCCAGUGCUUUAAUGGUUACCAACUGGGCAAGGACAACAAGUGUGAGGACAUCAACGAGUGUAAGACCAUUAAUUCCUGCACCCACCUUUGUGCCAACACUCCUGGAGGUUACAAUUGCAGCUGCUAUGCAGGCUACCACCCGGACCCCUCUAGUUUUGGAGUGUGUGUGUUCUACUGUGAGACCCAAACAAACUCUUGUGAUCCUCUCUGUAUUGGAGACGAUUGCUACUGCCCCGUGGGUUAUAUUUACGAUGAUGUGCGCAACACGUGCCACGAUAUUGAUGAGUGUGCUGCCAACGAAUGCGACAUGAUUUGCACCAAUACCUACGGCAGCUACAAAUGCGACUGCAAAGAGGGCUUUGUGCUUCAGGAAGACGGUAUCACUUGCGAAAUUGAAGGCUCUGGCAGUGGCAGUCUCCCACUUCCCACUACCAUCUCGCCCAAUAUCAUCCAACCAGGCCAGGCUGGGGUCUCCCUUGUAGUGGUUCUGGGCUCCAUUUUCGCCAUUGCCAUCUUGACUCUAGUGUUUGCUGGCUUGGCUCACCACCUGCUGGCCAAACGGGGCAAGUGGAAAGCCUCUGGCGGCUACAAACCAACCAACGCAGACGUGGACCUCAGUCAGGUCACCUCUGUGGACGAGCAAAAGCAGCGGCUUCAGUGCACAGAGAUAUCUGGUGUGGCUACCUGAAGACAGAACCAGGCCUGCCUGUGUGUGGCCAAGUAAAAACUUUACAUUGGAAGAACAAACUGUUAUAUGAUUAUUGUAUUGGGAUGGGCGAAUUAACAAAAGAAACCUAAUUUGAAUUUAGAACAAUGUGAAGCUGUCGAGUGUGUGAACAUUCCUGCAUUUCCUAAACAAAUCUUCACACGACAUUCCUCAUGGAUAUUUGUUAGCCAAAGACCAGCCUGUUUUUCAAAAUAAGGCACUUAGGUGAACUAUAACCAUAGCCAUGGAGUUGGGCCAAUUUGCAGAAGUCAGCUCUGUGGCUUGAGACUGCAUUUCCUCCUAGCUGACAACUUUUGUUGCCAGUUUAAGGGCAGUCUAGAUAAACUGGACCAAGAACUAAGGAAACACCAUUAUACUAAGAAUGAUAUAAACCUGUUGAUUUGGAGAAGGUCUGCAGGCUUAGAUUGGUAGAUGAUGUGUUGCCAAAUUGUAACCAUCUGUCCAAAUCGGCUAAGAUCUACCUGCAAAAAUUAAAGGAAGUGUGUAGCCACCAUACAAUGGCUGCGCCAAAAGUCAUGAUAGCCAGCUGAAGUCAAACUAAGCAAUUGUGAGGGGGGCUAUUAAGAAUGAUACUGUUAAAUAAGUGUAGGGACUGAGUUGCACUAUUGGCAAUUUGACUGAAAGGACUGGAUCUCAGAACUUAAUUCAGUGGUUCUCAUACAGGAAUAUAUGAAGUGCUGGGUGUUCCUGGGACCUACCAAGGGUUGCAAUGCCAAGGCUGGCCCAUUGGGUCAUUGCAUAGACUGAAAUUGUCAGGCUAAAUGAGUGAACACUGGUUGGAGGUAAGGUCAAUGUUGUGCUGCUUCAUCCACCUCUUCCCCUCACCACCACUCCUAGUGCUCUAGCUGUCUGACCACUUCACUGAUGCAUUCCCUAUGCCUGUACUUCUCUCCGCUCCUCUGCCUGUGCUUUCGCCACCCCGCCACCUGUGCUCCCUGGUUACCCCCAUUCCCUCGGUCCCUGUACUACCUCUAGACUUGUACGCUUGCUGUCUGACUACUUCACAAAUGCAUUUUCUGUGCUCCUGCUCCCUCCAUGCCCUCUCGUGCUUCUUCCAUUCUCAUAUUCUGCUUUUUCCUCUGUGCUCCGCUGUCUGCACACUCCUGCUUUCACUGUAGUGUCCAUCUUCAUCACUCCUAAGCUUUCCCAUUGCUUCUGCUGCCCCGGUACUUUGUACUGAUUUCCAUGCUCUGUUCUUUCCAGUCAUAUAGUCAUCUAGCCCAUCUCCCAUUCUCUUUGGGUUCCUAUUGGGAAUAAACAGUAUCUACAGCGAGAAUCAGGCACUCCAUCAAAUUGAUAUUUAUGACUAAGUACCUGUUUUCUUAAAAAAAAACUUUUAAAUCUCUCUCUUUCUAUGUAGCACCUCAAUAUUCUGGGUAUUAUAUAGCAUUAUAGAGAUGUGGAUGAAUUAGUAAUCCAUCUGAAAGCAAGUAUUUCAACAAGUACAUUUGAGAACCACUGUUCUAAUCAAAAAGAUAUUUUUCAGUGAUGUCCAUUUAAAGAUUAGUUUUCUGAGCUUAUCACCCAAAUGACGGGAAAUUCAUUUGUUCAUCUGAAAUCUCAUAUGUCACCAUUCAGACAUUACUUUAAAUUUUGUAUUAGACUGAAGAAUUAUUUGUCCAGCUGGAUGUUUUCAUUGUUACUCGCAUGUUUUUAUGAAAGGAAUGAAAAGAUGAAAACUUGUAUAUUUAUAUUUAUUACAUUUUUAAAAUAUCUGUAUAAUCAUUUUAAAUCUUUUCACAUUUGUAUGCUAAUUGUCGGGGAAAAAAAACUGAAUGUCUCAUUUUGAACUGAAUUAUAUUGCAUACUUUUUUUUAAAAUAAAGAUGUUUGAAGUCA